UUCGAAAACUGCACCUGCACAUUUGUGUAGUUAGUGGAGAAUAUUUGUUGUUGUUUCACGACAAAGUGCACAUUCCAACGACUAAACAAAGAACAUCUUUUGUCGAUCACAGUGGAUAGCAAUUUUUUGUUGUAGCAAUAUCGUCUAGGUCACUUUCUGACCAGGAAGUUGUUCCGUGCUGCUGUCGCAUAGGGAUUUUUCCUGAAUAAGCUCAUCACGAAAAACCAGCAACAGUGCGGGAAGACAAAGCAUGAAAACGACACAGGCCAUCCGAUAUGCCGUUCGCCUGAACUAUGGACAGGUUAACGAUGUUGCUGCCAAGUCGACGGACCGCUAUACUACAAGAUCAGCGGCCCUUCUUGCAGCACUUGGCAUUGGACUGUCGUCGUUUAGUAUGAAACAAAUGUUGACCAAACCGGCGAAAAGGAAACUGUAAGGUUCCUGUCACGGCCCUAUCUAGCCCCCGAAAAGUGCGUGGAAAUCAAAUGAAAAUUGAAAGUUAGCUCUGCAUCGCUGUGCAUCGUACGACAUGAUUUCGGAGAAAGAUAAAGAUGGAGAAAGACGGCAUUGGUGAAUAUUUCAUCCCUUAUCGUAGAAUAUACCGGUUUAUUUGUACCCUUAUUGUUGAACUUAAGUUUGAUAAUCCUGCAAAGACCGACUGAUUUUACGCGGGAACAUAUUUUGUAAUCGACGCAGCUGAUUUGAAAUAAGAGAUAAUCCAAACCAUUGCCCUUUGAUUGCACAUGUUGCAUUAUAGAUUCUGCAUGUAGCAUAAAUUAUCGAUAACAGCCCGUAUUGUGCAGUCCUUCGGCAAUAAGCGGAACGCUUAUGUUAGUUUCAGACAAUGAUCAUUAAGCUUAGUGAAAGCUCCAUGAACGUAGAUCUAUUUCCUGAUUGUUUUAAUUUGCGUAGCUUUUAGGUUUAUAAUUUGCUUCAUGUUAGCUUGGCUCUAUGCAUAUGACUGAAGUGUUGUAAAGAUAUAAAAUUGCAAAACUCAACACCACUACGUGUGGUGUAUGUGUGUUCGAUGCUAGUUCAUCGCUGGAUCACAGAUUUUGUUUCAUCAUAUUGAAACAAAACAAAACUAUUAGAAUAGAUACGUUGAUUGUGACUACUCGAGGUACGAAACCAGUAAAGACUGCAGAGCAAAGACGAUAACGAAAUUCAUAUAGUACUACAUAUCCAAUAAAAAGCGAUGAAUGUGCAUCGAACUUGCAAUGGAAUGCGAAUGGAAUUUGGAAUGACUACCUGUUAAACAAAAGUAGACAAACAAAUACGGAAUUUUAACUGUCCAGACCAAAACCUGAAAGUAUCGUGAAUUACUUGACAAAAGGCUUAUUCAGUAUAACUGAUUAGUGUGGCUUUUCUUCCAAAGAGCAAUGCGCUAGGAUAUGGGCAAACCAAUUUUUAAAUGGUUUGAUUUCUUUACGAUAGGCCGGAUUUGGUGUGAUAGAUAGAAAGGUAAAUAAAUUACAAACUAUGUCAAUGCUUCAA